UCAUUGAGCCGACAAGACAGGGAGGGAAAAUGUCCGGGCUUUCAAGAAAAGCAAGUCUGUCUCUGCCAGUUAUCCCGGCGAGAACAACUGCUCCUCUGUUUGGCCGUCCUCUUACGGCAAAGGACCUCCAGAAGCCGAUGGUGGCGGAUGUCCCGCUUUGCAGGCAGAAAGUCUGGAGCCUAAAGGCCACGGGUCUCUGGGACUCAGCGCAGGUGUGAGGAGGUGCUAGGCGGUUCCCGAAGAGGCUAGAGAGAAAGCGCAGGAUGAUGUCCGAAGCAGAUUCCGCUAAGGCGUGCGGGUGAACUAGACCGCCACAUGGUGGCUCGACCUUCGAGGAGCCAUGGAGCACAUCAAGAAAACUGUGGAUCGGGCCCGGGCGGCUUUCAACACUGGCAAGACACGCCCUGUGGCCUUCCGGAUCAAUCAGCUGAAGGCCGUGAAGAGGAUGAUGGAGGAGAGAGAGCAUGAAUUAUUUGCUGCCCUCAAGAAAGAUCUCCAUAGGAGCGACUACACCAGCUACGCUCUGGAGAUGGCGCACCUGCUACUGGAGAUUGACCAGAUGGUGGAGAAGGUCCCUGAGUGGGCGGCCCCUGAGCAUGUGCCGAAGACCCCCGCCACCCAUGCUGACGAGACCUACAUCGUCUAUGAGCCCCUGGGGGUGGUUUUGGUGAUCGGGGCUUGGAACUACCCAAUCAUCCUGGCUUUGCAGCCCAUGAUCGGGGCCAUUGUGGCAGGGAAUGCCUGCGUGAUCAAGCCCUCAGAGAUCAGCGAACAUACCGGCCGGCUGUUGGCAGAGAUCAUCCCCCAUUAUCUUGACAAGGAGCUCUACCCGGUCAUCACCGGGGGCGUCCCGGAGACCACGGAGCUGCUCAAGCAGCGCUUUGACCACAUCCUCUACACCGGCAACUCUGCGGUGGGCCGGAUCGUUAUGGAGGCCGCGGCGAAGCACCUGACGCCGGUGACGCUGGAGCUCGGAGGAAAGAGCCCCUGUUACAUCGACAAAGACUGCGACCUGGAAGUCGCCUGCCGACGUCUCACUUGGGGCAAAUUUGUGAACGCUGGCCAGACCUGCAUCGCUCCAGACUAUGUGCUGUGCGAACCGUCCCUCCAGCAUAAAAUUGUGGAGCUUGUGAAAAAGACACUGAAGGAGUUUUACGGCGAGGAUCCAAAGAAGUCCAGCGACUAUGAGAGGAUCGUGAGCAAGCGGCAUUUCAAGAGGCUGAUGGGCCUCCUGGAAGGGCAGAAGAUCGCGAUUGGAGGACAGGCGGAUGAAAGCGAAAACUACAUCGCUCCCACCGUACUGGUCGACGUCAACCCGAACUCCAAGGUCAUGCAGGAGGAAAUAUUUGGCCCCAUCAUGCCCAUCAUCACCGUAAAAAACCUGGAGGAAGCCAUUCAUUUCAUCAACGAGAGGGAGAAGCCGCUCGCUCUUUAUGUGUUUGCCAAGGACAAGAAGAUCAUCGAAAAGAUGAUCUGCGAGACCACCAGUGGUGGCGUAACGGUCAACGAUGUCAUCAUGCAUGUGACUGUGGGCGGCUUCCCCUUCGGAGGGGUCGGUGAAAGCGGCAUGGGCCACUACCACGGCCGCUACAGCUUUGACACCUUCUCCCACCAUCGUGCCUGCCUGGUCCGGCCCCUGGGAUCGGACGCGGCCAACGCCACCCGCUACCCGCCCGCCAACCAGAAGAAGUUCGACUUCAUGCGGUCCUUGGCGGCUGCCAAGAAAUAACUUCGCCCUCGACUUCACGCCGGCCCUGCCUUCCGGCUCCUGGAAAGGAAAAGUCAAGAAAUGUAGGGAAAGGAUCCCGAGACGUGGAAGAAAUCAAUAUAAUUGUACCGUUACAAACCUAAAUAAAUAAACCUUUUUUGC